CGACGCGAGUAACCGUUCGCAUCAUUUUACAUCUACGCGCGUUCGUGCCUCGCGUACACAAGUCACUUGUUAUGGUCUUUCUUUAAUGAUUUCUGUAUAAUGAUAUUAAAAUGUCAACAUACUGUCGUAUUACUGGCAAAAGCCGUGGUUUACCAAAACCAAAUUAUUUCCCAUUGCUACCACCAAUCUCUCCGGCAGAUGCAAAACGGUUUUGUCGCAUAACUGGAAAGUCAUAUGGGCUGCCUGCGCAUCAUUACAUACCGGUGUUAGUUGGACGAAAAAAAAAAAAGUCUGAUCUUAAACAUGUAGAGAUAAAUGGAUAUCGGUAUGUAUUUCCAAUAAUAGAUGGAUGUUCAGAGUUAUCUGAUGUAUUAAAAACGAAGUGUACAGAUGAUCGUAGGUAUGUGUACUCUGUGGAUAAGCGUAGAUGUAGUCUCGUAUUUCCAACGAGCUUAGAAAAAGCAGUUAGAGAUGGAGAUGUUAAAGAUGUCAUGAUGUCAGAAACCAGUGAUACAGUACUUCUAAAAUUGCGUAAAGGUAAAACCGUUGAGUUAGAAAUCAAAGAAAUGGAAAUAUCUGGCGUGACGUUGAUGGAAGGCGAAGGGUUUCGGAACAGGCCCAAACAGAAAAAAACAGUCAAGGAAGAUUGGAGAAGGAAAAUAUUUGAAGAUAAAGAAAAGGAAAGCGAUGCUGAACUAGAACAAGAAGAACUUAAAUCAAAACGGAUAACAUUUUCAGCAGGUCAAGGAAAACAAAUCGAAUCUAUUGAAUCUAUACCAAAAAUUAUAUAUGCAAAAUCCCUAAGUGUUUCAAAAAUAAAAAAUAUUAUUAAACCAACUACAGAAAAUAUAAUACUUGGAGAAAAUAAUAAUAAUUUAAGACUUCAAACUGAUAUAUUACCUACUCCAAUUUCAAUUGAACCAAAUAUUAUAGAUCUCGGUUCUGCAUUUCCUGGAGUGGUACAUCAGACAUUUCUUAAUGAUACUUUUCUUACUAAUUUACCUAUCAUUUCAGUUGUAUCACCAAUAAAACCUUUGAUAAAAAACUUUAAUAAACUUCCAGUAAUUUUGCCUGAUAUCAACUCGUGUGCAAUUGAAGAAAUAUUAACUGAAGAUAAUAUAAAUAAAUUGUUAACAAUUGAUGAAAUUAAGGUACUAAUUGAAAAUAUUCAAUUGGGUACACAAAAAAUAAUUACAACUAGUCAAGGUACAACUAAAAUAUUUAAAUUAGAUAUUAAAAACUGUGAAAAAUAUGUACCAGGACAAUAUAUAAAAACUGAAGAUGGUGAAAAAUUUGUCCCUGGUAAAAUUAUUGACACAGCUAAUGGAAAAUUAUUUGUACAUGGCGUUAUGGUCCAAACAUCAAAUGGACCAAAAUUUCUUCCCGGACAAAUUAUUGAGGACUCUGGAAAAUUUAUGUUUAUUGUUGGUCAAAAUAUUAUGACAAGAGAAGGGGAAUCAUUUGUUCCAGGACAAACGAUUACAAUAGAAGGCGAGAAAAGAUUUGUGUCUGGACAAACAGUUAUAACUCCUGAAGGUAUUGGUUUUGUGGCUGGACAAGUUGUUAACAAUGGUGACGAAUCAGAUUUUAUUCCUGGACAGACUGUAAUGACUAUUCAUGGGCCACAAUUUAUACCAGGACAGUUUUGGAAUGAUGAAAAUAUCAAAUUUACUCCUGGACAAAGUGUUUUAAAAAAUAAUGGUGAUUGGGAAUUUGUUCCCGGUGUCUGUGUUGGGUCAUCUUUCGUACCCGGCUUAACAGUAGUCGAAAAUGAAAAAGAAGAAUUCAUUCCAGGAAGAAUAGUCGAAACUGAUAAUGAUACUUCUUUUAUACCGGGUAUAACAACUUUAGAUAACAAUGGAAAUACAAAAUUUGUUCCUGGAAUAAGUAUUGAAACAGAAAAUGGAAUAAAAUUUGUAUCUGGGAAUAUUUUAUCGGAUAAUGAUGGGAAUAAACAGUUCAUUUUGGGACAUGUAACAAAUUCAGAAAAUGGCAAAAUAAUCUUCACAGAAGCAAAGUCAUUACAGGAAGUAAUUUGUUCUGAUGAAGUACAAUCUGGAAUUUUGACAAAUGAUUCAUUUUAUCCAAAAGGUGAAAAAUCAGAUGAAGUUUUUGGACAGAUGGUACAAACCGCUUAUGGGGUAGAAUUUUAUCCAGGCGAUCAAGCAAUCUUACCAGCUGGAAAAAUAGUUCCAGGAAAAUUAAUACGAAACAAUGGUAUUAGAUUCGUUCCAGGUGUUGUAGUUGAUAAUAAAUUUAUACCAGGACAAAUAGUGGUAACAGAUAGAGGAGAGCAGUUUGUACCGGGACAAGUGAUUGAAACACAAAUGGGUCCAAAAUUUGUGCCAGGACAAGUUGUAGAAACAGAAACUGGUUCGAAAUUUGUUCCUGGGCAGACUAUUGAAACCAAAGAUGGAAUAAAAUUUGUACCUGGCCAGAUAGUAGAAACAAAAGCAGGUCCAACGUUUAUACCGGGUCAAAUAAUAUUUACAGAAGAAGAAGGAUCUAGAUUCGUACCAGGUCAAGUUGUUGAUACAAUAGAGGGUCCAAGAUUUGUGCCCGGUCGAGUUGUAGAAACUGGAGAUUGUGUAACUUUUGUACCUGGUCAAGUAGUCGAAACCACAGAAGGUUUGAAAUUUAUUGCCCCAGAUCUUCAAGAUGCAGAUGAUGGUGUAUGUGAGUUCAGUGUCCAAGGAUUUGAAGUGUCGCCAGAAGAAUUACAAGUUAUUCAACCCAAUUUUCCUCAAACUUCAUAUUAUACACAAAAUGGUAAAAUGGCUCUAGAUUCAAAAAUGUUGGAACAAUUAUCAUUUGCAGGUAUGAGUAUUGGAAGACAAGUUCCUGCAGAACUUCCAGAAGUUGAUGUACGCACACUUCCUUCAAUGGAAGUGGCGUAUGACGUUGCAGAAAAACUGGAAUUUAAUAAUGACAAUACAAUUAAAUUAGCUCAUAUAAUUAAUCGAUUAUGUAAGUUAGAUUUAAAAAAUACGUAUUAUGGAUCACCGUUAGUACAAAACUUAAUGAACAAGUUACCGAAAAUCAAAACAAAUGAAAAUGUAGCUGAAGUUAUUGAAAAUCUACUUAACACUGCUAAAUCGAGUCCUAUAACAGCUUUAAAUGAAAUUUAUGUAGUAAUAUUUGAUGAUGGUUUUGUAACGGAUUUAAAAAACCCUAAUAAAGUAAAUAUUUUGAAGGGAAUAAUGAAUAGUUCUGAACUUGAAUCUAAAUAUAUUGCUGAAGCAUUCAGUGAAAUUUUGAAUGAUUUAGAAGACUCUAAAUUACGUUCAGCAUUUGAACAUAUAGCAGAAGAAAAUAUAGAAUUAUUAAAAGAAGUAAAAUUAAAAAUCGACAUGAAAAAAGUAAACAAUGAAAAAGAAGCAAUUGAGGCAUUACAAUGGGCAAUUGUUAGUGUCAUUAAUAAAAACAGUGAAAUAACCGUUAAUCAAAUGUUAAAAGACAAUAAAAGUGAACAAUUCAAUCGUUUGUUAUCUGAUGCAGUUGGUCUUGCAAAAGCAUUAGGACUAAAAGAAGUUGCUUCAGUACUUAUGGAUGUUCUUGAUGAUCGAAGAUCAGCUGAUAUAUUAGCUUCAGAUAAGAUAACAAUAGAAAUAUUAAGACGACUGACUGUAAUGAGGAAACUUGCUGAAAGACGGCCAGAAUUUAGUGAAACUUUAAACGGGAUGUCUAUUGACCCAAUUGAAGCAAGAUUGGAUCCAAAAUUACGUGAACUAGUCAGAGAAAGUGGAGUGUUAUUACUUCCUCCAGAAUCAAACGUUGAAACAUCGUUUGAUGUUCCAGCUGAAUUAUUUAGUCCUGGGAAUAGUUUAGCAAUGGAAGAUUUUAUGGUGAAAUCGAGAAAAAUGGGAAUUUUACUUAUAAUUAAAAAUGGUCUUCAAGCUGUAGUCCCCCGAGAAGCAGCCAGAUUAGUUUUAACAGGGCAGGUUCCAUACACUGUUUUGGAUGAAAGAGGCAUGCACAGAUUUGAACCAAUGAAUGUUCUAGAUGUUUUAAACAUUCGUGCAUUUAGCUCAGGAAGAUAUUCAAUGUAUAAUUGUGCUGUACAAAAAACACUAACGGAAGAUGAGGGAACGAUUACUCGUGGUAGUUCAAUUAGUUUGGAUGAUAGACAAUUAACAAUUGGAGAGGGGGGCGGAGACGAAUACGAGGUUCUUCAAGAUUAUGAAACAGAACCAGUUGAUGGUGCUGAUGAGGAAGAUGAUUUGAUUUUAGAACCCGGUGAUAGAGUUGUUGUACUAAAACAAUCAAAAGAUGACCCGUCAAUGGGCGCCGAGGUAAAACGAAAUUUACUGUUGGACAAUGCAGCGGCCAAACAUAAAAUGUCAGUACGACCAAAUAAAGUACAUCCAACCAAACACAAACCCUUGGAUACAGACGGGUCAUUGGUUCAAAGUCUUGACGAGCCAACUAAAAUGGGAUAUGUACCUAAUAGCAUUCUAAAAAAAAUACCGGCUCCUGUUAGAGCGACUGCUGUGGUUCCAGCAGAAGGACAAACAUUAUCAAAAAAGGAUGCAAAAUUUAAUAGAGAUGUGGUACUCGCAGAAUUAGUAGAAACUGAAGAAGAAUUUGGUCAAGAUAUUCAAGAAGUAGUAGAAAGAUAUUUAAAUCCUUUAGAAUUAAAUGAUGCACCAAGAAUAGUGAGAGAUAAUAAAGAUCUCAUAUUCAACAAUUUAAAACAAAUAUCGCAAUUUCAUAACACAGUUCUCAUUGCUGGAUUAAAAUAUGCUGCUAGCGAACCAAAAACUAUGGGUAGAACAUUUCUUCGUUUAGAAAGAGAUUUCGAUAAGCAUGUUAAUUAUUGUCAGACAGAACCAGAAGCACAAGAUUUUUUGGAAUGCAAUUAUCAAGUACGCGAUUAUUUUGAGGAUGAGAGAUUGAAAGUUGGUGAUGAUAAAGCUCUUUCGGAACACUUGAAAUUACCAAUACAACGAAUUAACGAUUAUCAAUUACUACUCAAGGAACUAGUUAAAUAUUCAUUACUCAUAGGAGAAGAUACCACUGACUUAGAAAGAGCUCUUGAAUUGAUGCUAUCAAUUCCACACCGAUUUACUGACACGAAAUUUUUAACAAAUAUAGAAGGAUUUCAUGGCACUAUACAUAAAUUGGGCCGAUUAUUAAAACACGGAUGGUAUUACGUACAAGACGCCGAAGACCCUAAAGGACACCAGCGUUAUUGCUUUUUAUUCAAAUCUAGAAUCCUUGUUUGUAAAGUUCGUCGAAUAUCCGAAGAUAAAUCUGUCUUCGUCCUAAAGGAUAUAAUUCGAUUACCUGAAGUUACUGUAAAAGCAGCACCAGACAACAAGCGUGUAUGGGUACUUCAUCAUAGACUAGGAGAAGUUGGAAAUUAUCCUUUCACCUUUAGGGCUAAUGAAGAUUUGAGUCGAGAUCAGUGGAUUACAGAAAUCGAAGAACAUAGAAACGAUUUACGUGAAAAAGAAGAUUUACAAGACCAAUUUUGGGAGCGAGAAUUUGUAUCUAUAACAGAAACUUCUAAAUCUUCUGUAACAGUGACAAAUGUUGAACAUAACAGUGACGAUAUCAAAGUACAAAAACAAAAGGAUGAAGAUUUAUUUGAACCACUUAAAGGUAUCGAAUUAGAUAUUUCUAAAGAAAUUGAAGAAGGUUUAGAUCCCAUUGAAAGACGAUUAGCACCAAAACCGUUGAAGCACGUCGAGGAACCAAAACGUCCACCACUUACACUUCCACCUAAAGAACCAAUAUUUGAAUGCACAUCACCACCUGAACCUAAGAAACGCCCAGAACCUGAGGUCAAAGUUGAAGAACCCCCUGUGAUUGAAAUGCCUGUUCCGCAAAAAGAGGUUAUUGUUGAAAAGGAAAUAAAAGAAGAAGUACCUGCUCCACAAGUAGAACCAAUUCCAACUGAGCCCCCACCACCUGAAAGGUCUCCUUCGCCAGCUGAAGAAGAAAUUGAAUCCGAACCAUUAAAAUAUGUAGAAGGUGUUUCAAAACCUUAUUUCCACGUCAACAUUAAAGGAACAAGUCGUGGAGGUGUUAUUGAAGAGUGUAAUGAAUGGUGGGACACUAAGGGUGAAUUUAAAUCGGGAAGAUCGAUGAAUAAUGAAUCUUCUCUCGCAGUCGGGGAAAAUGCAACAUUUGAAUGUGAAAUAGAGGGUGCCACAAAAGUCACAUGGUUGAAAAAUAAUAUGCCAUUACCAAAUACUAUUGCUAAUCGAACUUCCAUCACAGAAGACAAAGAAAACAAUUUAUAUAAAUUACAGUUAAAUAAAGUAAUAAUAUCAGAUUCGGGAACUUAUACGGUUAAAGCUGAAAAUGAUUUAGGAGAGUCUACGAGUACAGCGUUACUAUUUGUUGAAAAUCUUUCAGCAGAUGAAAAGAAAGCAAGAGCUAAAGCAAACGCUCCAAUUUUUGCUGUUAAGCUUGCUGAUACUCAGCUUUUAGAGAACACUCAUGCUAGAUUUAUGAUUGAGAUAAAAGCAAAUCCAUUACCCAAAUUGAGAUUUUUCAAAGGAGAUAAAGAAAUAUCUGAUGAAAACACAAGAAUACAAAUAUUAGAAGUAAAUAAAGAAAAAGGUCUCUAUGAAAUGGUUUUACCUAAUGUAAAACAAGAAGAUGCAGGAGAAUAUCGAGUGAUUGCUAGUAAUAAAUACUCUGAAGAGUCGUGUUCUUGUCAUGUUUCAGUUACUAAUGAAAAAGACUUAUGGGCUGGAAUGCAAACGAUAGUACCUGAUGGUACUCCACACUUUACCUGGUUGAAAAAUGGAAAACCAUUUAACCCUGAAGAACGGUUUAAAGUAUUAUUCAAGGACGACGAGGAUUCAUUAGCAUUAGUAUUCCAAAAUGUAAAACCAGAAGAUGCUGGUUUAUACACUUGUAUCGCUUCUACUUGUCACGGAAAGAUAUCAUGUAGUGCUGAGCUUAGCGUACAAGGUGUUGUUAAAGAACUAAAUUUACCGUAUGCUCCAAGAGUAACUACCGACAUGAAAGAAUUUGAAACAAAGAUCCAAAGCACAGCAAUCUUAGAGGCUAAAGUAAUUGGUGAUCCUCUGCCAGAUAUAAUAUGGUUUAAAAACGAUGAAGAAAUACAAGAAAAUGAACGAAUAAAAUUUAUGUUUGAAGAUGAGAUUGCUGCUAUUGUGAUAAAAAAUGUUGAGGUCGAAGACGAAGGAGAAUAUAAAGUAUUAGCCAAAAAUGAUUUAGGAUCUGAUACAGAAACAAUCAAUUUAUUGAUUAAGGCCGCUCCAAAGUUUAAAAAAAAUUUAAUUGACUAUGAAGGUGUUACUGGAAAAGAAAUAACAUUAACAGUAGAAAUUGAAGCAUCUCCAAAACCAAUAGUACAAUGGUAUAAGGAUAGUAAAGUUAUAAAGAAGUCGAAUAGGAUAAAAUACGUCACCGAUGAAGUAGCUGGAGUCUAUACCUUAAUUAUUCAAGAUUGUAAAAUGGAAGAUGUAGGUUUAUACUCAGUAGUUGCUUCUAAUCAAUUUAGUCAAAUAUCUGAUGCUUGUCGAAUUAAUCUUCAAAUGCCUCCUCAAUUUAUUGGUGCUUUAGCUAAAGAAGUAGAAACUUUAGAAGGUGAUUAUGUAUCUUUGAGCGUGAGAGUAGAAGGAGAUCCACCACCUCAAGUAAAAUGGUACUUUGAAGACAAAUUGUUAAUUGCUGAUAAAACACACAUAAAAAUUAACGCCGUGGAAGACGUUCAUACUCUUUUAAUAAGUAAUCUUACGAGGGAAGAUUCAGGCAAAUAUACAUGUGAAAUAAGCAACGAAUUUGGAAAAAAUACGAGCGAGGGAAAAUUAUUGGUCAAAUGUCCGCCAAUUUUUGAAACUCCUUUAACAGAUACAAAAGCAAUUGAAGGGGAUACAAAUGUAGAGUUUACUGUAAAACUAAAUUCUUAUCCUAAAUCAUCAGUUCAAUGGUUCCGCGAAGAAGAAGAAAUAACAGAAACAACUACAGAAUUCACUUGUUUCGAAGAUGGAGAUAAUUUCAAACUUAUUAUAAAAGAAGCAAAAACCAAAUUAGCUGGCACGUAUAAAUGUAGAGCAACAAACGAAAUUGGAACUUACGAUUCAGAAGCAACUCUUACAGUUAUGUCACAACCUACAUUUAAAAAAGGAUUAAGGGAUAUGGAAGUAACAGAAGGAGGAAUGCUCAAACUACAAGUGACUUGUUAUGGAAGCCCGGCUCCUGAAAUUAAAUGGUUUAAGGAUGGAAAAGAAGUACGAAGUGAUGCUCACAUCAAAAUAUCAAAAGACAAAAAAAGGGUGGAGAAUUUCAGUCUAACUGUUAAUCUUGUAAAAGUAGAAGAUGGUGGAGAAUAUGAAGUUAGAGCUACUAACGAAAUGGGUACAGCUGUUACUAAGAGUAUAGUGAAUAUUCUAGCUAAACAUUCAACUGAUUUCAAAGAAGACGAUAACGAAUCAGCUAAAAAUGAAAAUGAGGAUAUAGAAGAAAAUGUAGAUAAAAAAGAAAAAGUGACAUUGCCAAUCAAUAUCAACAGCAAGGAAAACUGCAGGGAAAGAUUAGUGGAAAUUAAUGUUGAAGAAGAUAGAAAAAUUGGUAUUUCAUCGAUAAUAAAUAUAGAUGGUGAUAGAUCUAUCAAAACCGAAGAAAGUUUACUUAUAAUGAGCAGUCAAUCGGGAGAAUUUAGUUGCGUGGAAAUGAACUGGGAAGAAUCUUCUAUUAAAUGUAAAAAUUAUUAUGGUAUUGUAGAAGAACCUAGGGAUGAACGAAUUAUACCAAUUAAAAUAGACAGAAGUAUAUCAAUACACACAGCUUCUGACGAAGAAGAAGAGCCACUUUGGGUUAUUGAAAGCGUUAAAAAGCACGAAGAAGUAAGAAAUGAGAUUAAAAAAAUGAAAGAAAAUAAAAACUCACAAAAAUUAUUAGGAGAUAGUUGCGAUGAAGACGACGAUAAUUCUUUAAUAGAAUUACUAAAAAGAGUUCAAAAACAACGAAAUGAUUUAGAAAAUAUAUUGGAAAAAGAAAACCAAAAGGAAAAUAUAAUUAAUCCUUAUAAAUUUGAAGUAAAUCGUUCAGAAAAUAUACUAUCACGAAGCAAUAGCAUGUUAAGUGAAUCAUCUACACUAAAAGCAAGAUCAGUUUCAAGGUUAUCAUCAUUAGAAGAAAAUACAAAGAUGGAUGAGCUAUCUGAAACUUUGAUCAAUGAAUUAAUUUCUGACAAUUCAAAUACUUGUAUAAACAGUAAAAAAGAAACCUCAUUAAUAACGGAGAAUACAUCAAAAGAAUUAAUUAGUGACACUAUCUAUAAUACAGAUAGACUGAAAAAAGCUGUUUUAACGCAUAGUUUAUAUACUGAUACGUUAGAAAAUAGUUGCGAAAAUUCGGAUGGAAAAUAUUCGAAAGGCGAAGGAACUGUUUUGAAUAGUACUGAUAGAGCUUCAAUAUCAAAACUGUCUUCUAUAGAAGAAUGUGAUAACUCUUUUUCACCCAAGAAAAAUAUAAAAGAAUGUUCUGAAAUACCAAAAAGAUUAUCUUUGUCUAGGUUGCCUUCUACUGAGCAUGCAAAAAAAGAUUUUAUAUUGGAAAAAUCUACUUCACCUAUAGUUAAGGAAAAUGAACUAAAUAAAGAUUUCUAUCCCUCAUCAUUUCUUCAAGGUAAAACAGAAGAAUAUGAAUUAACAACAAUUAAUGAUACACUAGACAAGAGCUUUAAACCAAUAUCAGAACAUAAUUUAAAUGAGUCAAUUAGUAUUUUGGACAAUAAUGAUGAUUUAAACAAUAUAAAUAAUAAACCAAAAAGUAAUUACACGAAAGUUUUAGACAAUGAUAAAUCAAAUGAACAUAGUCCUUUCCGUCUAUCAAAAGCUGAUGAAGCUGAUUUUCGUAGAAAAUCAUUAAUAAGACAAUCUAGUAUGAUAAGUGAUGCUUUAAGUGCGAUGUGUGCUGAAAUACCAGAAGAUAAUAAAUGUAAUAAACAAAAAAGGAACUCAAUUAAAGAAGACAAUGAUCAAAUAAAAGAUUCUCAUUCUGGAAAAUCUAGUUUCUCAAAAAUCGUAUGUGAUGAAAAUAACACUAAUUUGGGAAAGAAAUUAAUAUCUAAAUUAGAUGCUGACCGUGAACCUGAAAUUCAUAAUGAGUCAUUUGACUCAUUAACAGCAAAAAAAUUAUCUGAAAUAUCAAGUACAGAACCAUUAAAAAAAUCUUUAUUACCUGAGUUAAAUAAAAAAAUAAUAAGUGAUUUAAAGAAUAAUUAUUUAACUACUACAAAAGCAGAUUCUGGUGUUUCACAUUAUGAAAAUAAAAGUUUUUUGUUAGAUAAAGAAAAUAAUUUAAAUAAUGAAAAGCAUUCAGUAUCUAAUUCUUUACCAAAAGAUAGUAACUUGGAUAUAGUUUUACCAAAGGAUAAUAGUUUAUCAAGUGAUAUUAAAAAUUCAAUGAACGAUUUAAAACCUAAUGCUUCAUCUUUAUUCAAAGGAAAAGAAACAAAUAAUUUACCAACUCCUAUCUUAGAAAAUUUAGAAAAUAAAGAAGGCGAUAUAGUUAAAAAAUCUUCUCUGAGUUUAUUAGAUAAAAAACAUGAAAAUACGUUAACUCUUACAACAAAUCAAAAAGGAGAUAUUGCAUGUAACAACAACACAGAUUUAUCACCUGGUAAUUCUCUUUCAUUAAAUGACAUUGAUAGUUCAACACAAGAUUUACAUCCUAAUACUUCAGUCCAUCUCUCAAUAACAAAAGAAAUAUUAGAUACAAACUUAAAUAUUCCAAUGGAAAAACUUUUAAUUAAUAAAGAAAGCGAAAUAAACAACGACAAAACUGGAAAACCCAUAGAGAAGGUUAAUCAAAUAAUUAAAGAGCAUUCUCCAGAUGGUACGAAUAAAGAAAAUGAAAAUAUGUCAAAAUUGAAAACCUUAAAGACAUCAAUGGAAGAAAACAAUGAUAAGCAAAGAAGUGGAGUAAAACAAAUAGGAGUGCCUCCGAAAAUAAUAUCUGGGAUGGAUGAUGAUGAAACAUAUGAAUCACUUACAAAAGUAUUUAAUGUAAAAGCUCGUGGUGCUCCUAAGCCUAAAGUUCAAUGGUUCAAAGACGGUAAUGAAUUAUCAAAUACUAGAAAUAUCCAAAUUAAUGAUUCCGAAGAAGAUGAAUCAUUUAAAUUAACUAUUCAAGAUUUAAGAGUGGCUGAUUCUGGUUCAUAUUGCUGUAAAUUAACUAAUGAAGUUGGAGAAGACAUGAAAUCAGCAAAACUUAACGUGCAAGAUGUAGAGUUGCUCCGUGGUCCCAAAAUAAGAAAACCACUUUCCGAUAUAGAAGUUAUAAAAGGCCAAAAAGUUGAAUGGUCAAUAACGCUCAUAGCUGAUCCCAUUCCUGAAGUAGAAUGGACUUGUGAUGGUAAAAAUGUCAAUGCUGACUUUACUGUUAAUUCAUCUGAAAUAGCUAAUGGCCUAAAAGAAUGUACAUUCACAAUGACAAUUCCAACUUCUGAACUUAGUGAUACCGGUCUUUACCGAGUGAAAGCGACUAAUAAAUUUGAUUCAGCUGAAUGUAGCGCUCAUUUAGAUAUAGUUAUGAAACCGGAAAUUGAAGGAUUCCAUGAUGUCACUGUAAUACCUUCAAUGGAAGCGAUAUUUGAAGCAAUUAUUCAUGCAGUACCUAAGCCAAAAAUAGUGUGGACAAUAAAUGGAAAAGAUUUAUCGGAACGAGAAUUUGUCAACCUUACAAGUGAAGAAUUAGAAAAAGAUAUAACAAAAUUCAAGAUAGUUAUUGGAGAUGUGAACCCAGAAGAAGAAGGUGAAUAUGUAGUUAAAGCUUGGAAUAAAGUAGGAGAAACAACUGCCAUAGCUAAUCUUAAACUUCAUACUGAGGAACCUUCAUUUGUUAAACUGAUGGAAGAUUUAACAAUACAAGAAUAUGAUGAAGUACAGCUUUCUGUACGAGUUAAUGGAAUUCCAAAACCUAAAAUCACUUGGUUUAGAAAUGGGGAAGUCAUAAUACCUGACUUAAGAAUCAGUAUACAUACAAAUGAAGAAGGCCAAGUUAAAAGUACUCUUACUAUAGACCAUUUCAGUGGUUUAGAUAUUGCUAAAUUCUCGGUUAAAGCUGUAAAUAUGAUGGGUGAAGCUGAAACAUCAUCUAAUUUAACUAUGGCGGAAAUAAUGCCGUCGUUUGUAAAACCUUUUGAACGGAUAACAGAAGGGGUUGAAGGAUCACCAAUUGAAAUACAAACACAACUUAUUGGAAGCCCUCGUCCCCAUGUUGCGUGGUAUAAAGAUGGAGAAGAGCUUAAAAAUACAGAAGGAGAUAACAAAGAUGACGAACAAAAACAUAUUACCCUAGAAGCAAAUCCAAACGGAACUGUUAUGAUAAAAAUUGAUAAAGUCGAACAAGGAGAUUGUGGUGCAUAUAAAAUUAUAGCGACUAAUAAUUUUGGUACAAGUGCUACUAAUACUGCAUUAGUAGUAAAUGAAUUACCAAAAAAGCCUAUUCUAAUUAAACACCCGAACAAAGUGGACGUCAACGAGAAUGAAAUUUUAAAAAUAGAAGCUCAAUAUGUAGCGUAUCCAGAUGCUAUUGUAAAAUGGUAUAAAGAUGGACAUGUAUUGCAUCCUUGUCCUCAGAUUGAUUUUGUAAUGGGUCCCAACGGAAAUGUAGCUCUAGUAAUUGAAAAAGCAACGCUUGGAGACGCUGGUGAUUACGAAAUCGUUGUAUCGAAUGAACUGGGUAAAGCAGAUGGUCAAAUAAAAGUUAAAGUAAAUCCGGCAGCUACAGUACCAGCUUUUAUUAUGCCUUUAAGAGAUUCUAAAGUAGUGGAAGGGUUCCCUGCAAAAUUGCCUUUUAGAUUAUCUGGUUUUCCACUUCCAGAAAUCGCAUGGACAAUCAAUGAUAAGCCAUUAGUCAUCGAUGGAGAAAAAAUCAAAAUGGCACAUGAACCCGAUGGUCUACAUUACUUGUUAAUUGAAAAAGCUGGUCCAGAACAUGCAGGCAAGCUUGCAAUAAUUGCUUCAAAUGACAACGGAAAUACUGCAUCAGAAGCCAAACUUUCAGUAACUUCAAAAAUAAACACUGAUUCAUUGGAAUCUAAACCGGAAUUCCUUCAUGGACUUAAAGAUACAACAGUUGAAGAAAGCAAUGCAUUAACAUUAUUAGCUCCGUUCCUUGGUAAUCCUAUACCAGAUGUUAAAUGGGAAAAAGAUGGAAAAAUAUUGCAACCGUGCAAUAAAGUUCAUUUUACCUGUGAUGGUUAUAAAGUUGGACUUGAAAUACUUGAUACCAACACAGGAGAUGCUGGACAGUAUACUUGCACUCUAACAAAUGACCUAGGUGCUACCAAAUCAGAAUGUCAAGUUGGCAUUCGUAAACUUUAUCAAGCUCCUGUUUUCACGCAACGUUUUUCACAUAAUCAACAAUUGCUUUCGAGAGAUGCUAAAUUCCAUGCUCGUGUCACCGGAGUUCCAUCUCCAAGUAUUAUAUGGCAUAAAAAUGGUCACCAAUUAACAAAUGGGGACAAGUACAAAUUAAAACGUGAUGGGGAAGUUUGUAGUCUAACUAUAAGUGAUGUCAAUGGUGAUGACGCGGGACUAUACAGCUGUAUUGCAACCAACAGAGAUGGAACAGCUACAUGUGAAGCACAGCUUUCAAUUGCUCCACGAAUUGUUGAUGAAUCUAGGAAACAAGAACCACCGUCCUUCAUGAAGAAAAUUGGUGAUUGUGAAGUGUUUGAUGGAAUGACAGCUAAAUUUACCGCAUGUGCUACUGGAUGGCCAGAACCUGAAUAUGAGUGGUUCUUAGACACUAAUAGAUUAUAUGAAACUGAAAGGAUUAGAAUGGAAAAAGAAGGUUCUGGUUUAUUGCGAUUAAAAAUAUUACACGCGGACUCAAUUAUUGAUUCUGGUCGAUACAAAUUACGAAUUUUUAACCCACACGGAGAAGCCUAUUGUGAAGCAAGCAUUUUGUUUGACAAUGGUUUGGAUUCGCGUUCUAAACGUCCCGUUGGUGAACUUUACAAAGACUUUGAUCGAUAUCGUGCAACUGGAGCACCAUUACCAUUACCUGAUCCUCCAACAAUAACUCGCAUGUCUGAUAAAAGACUUACUCUUUCAUGGAAACCUUCAUUACCAAUCACACCGAGGACUCCGGUAACAUAUUUAGUAGAAAUGGAAGAACAACCAAAAGGCGAAUGGACUACAGUCAGAGCUGGUAUUCGAGGAUGUGCUUGCGAUAUACAUAAUUUAAUUCCAUUUAGAGAUUAUAAGUUCCGAGUAAGAGUUGAAAAUAACUAUGGAAUUAGUGAUCCCUCACCAUUUGUUUUAACAUACAGAGAAAAGUUAGAACCAGACCCUCCAAAAUUCACUCCUUAUCUGCCAAUAGGAACUGACUUUAAGCCAGAAUCAUCCCCUUAUUUUCCAAGAGAUUUUGAUAUCGAAAGACCUCCUCACGAUAACUAUGCUCAAGCACCAAGGUUUUUACAUCAAGAACACGAUACACAAUAUGGUGUUAAAGGUCAUAAUGUGAAUUUAUACUGGUUUGUUUAUGGAUAUCCAAAACCAAAAAUGCAAUAUUAUUUUGAUAAUCAGUUAAUAGAAAUGGGUGGUCGUUACGAUUCGAGCUAUACACGAAAUGGCCAAGCCACAUUAUUUAUUAAUAAGAUGUUGGAUCGAGAUAUAGGAACAUAUGAAGCUGUUGCUACAAAUGAACAUGGAACAGCUAGACAAAGAGUUAGAUUACAGAUUGCUGAAUAUCCGAAGUUCUUAAAAAGGCCCGAAGAAAUGUAUGUAAUUUUGCGCAAAAACUGUAAAUUAGAAGCCAGAGUGAUUGGUGUCCCGUAUCCAGAAAUAAAAUGGUUUAAAGAUUGGAAACCAUUAGUCGAUUCAGCUAGAAUUCAAAUUGAACAAGUAGAACCAGAUGUUUGUAUUCUACGCAUCGAAGAUGUUAUCAUGAAAGAUGAGGGACUGUACAGUAUAAGCGCUCGUAAUUUAGCUGGAUCAGUAUCUACUUCAGUGGCUAUACAUGUUGAAGACCGAGAAUCUGAUUAUUCAUAUAACGGUAAAACUGACAUAAAAUGGAAGAAAAAAGAUUUUUCGGAUUUAUAUGAUAUUGGAGACGAGUUGGGACGCGGUACGCAAGGUGUUGUGUACCACGCAGUAGAAAGAUCAACGGGUAAAAAUUACGCUGCUAAGAUUAUGCAUGCGAAAGGAGAUAAUUUGACGAAACUAAUGGAUAAUGAACUAAAAAUAAUGACUGACUUGAGCAAUAGACGAAUUAUUCGUAUUCAUGAUGCAUUACAGACUUCCAGAACAUACACUCUUAUCACAGAACUUGCUGGAGGUGGUGAGCUUUUGGAUAUUCUAACCAAACAUUCUUUCCUCACAGAAUAUGAUAUAGCUUUAUAUAUAAUUCAACUAUUAAAGGCUUUAAAGCACAUGCACGAUUUUGAAAUUGCCCAUUUGGGACUGACACCUGGAGAUUUACUGAUAUCUCACCCAGGAGGCGAUACAUUAAAGCUAUGUGAUUUUGGACUCAGUAGAAAAAUCAACAGAAGAAAAUUGGAACCAGUUUAUUAUGGUAUGCCUGAGUUUAUUUCUCCGGAAAUAGCUAAGGGAGAAGGCGUUGACCUUUCAUCCGAUAUGUGGUCAGUCGGAGUGAUAACUCAUUUACUUUUAACUGGGAUGUCAUUAUUCCGUUGUGUAAACGACGCUGAUACUUUGGAUAGAGUUAAAAGUGGUUCCUAUACACUUAGUACAAAAAUUAGCGAUUUAGCUAGAGACUUUAUCUCAAAACUAUUAGUAAUCAACCCUAAUGAUCGUUUGGAUGUUAUAAGUGCCUUACAACAUCCUUGGUUACAAUUUGGCGAAGAUAUACCCGCAGGAACUAGUCAAAUAAACACAGAUUCUCUUCGAAAUUAUUACAAUAACUUGAAAGAUUGGUAUAGUAAUGCAUCUUGUAGAAAUUGGUAUAGAUGCCGUACUUUAUCUUCUGCGUACACUCAUCCAUCAAAAAUGAUUUAUCCACCUGGUUUUACUUGCACUCCUAGUCCUACUCCAGAACCAGAACCAAAACCACAAAAGAAACAUUUGCCGUCAUGGAAAGAUAAACUUCCAUCCAAAGAGCCAAUAGAUACAGAAAUAGGAAUAAUUAAAUCUGAGAGUCACUAUCAAUAUGGUCCCGAUACAUAUUUGUUACAACUAAGAGACACAAAUUUCCCAGUGCGUUUAAGGGAAUAUAUGAAAGUUGCCGGUAAAAGCUUAACACAUAGAGGAGGAAGCGAUUCACAUUUAGACUGGGAGGCUCCAGUUAUACGUGAAAGAAGAAAAUUUACAGAUAUCAUGGAUGAAGAAAUUGAAGAUGAACAAAAAGCAAGAAUCAGCAAAUAUGGUGCUGACAUAUACACAUUGAGAAGACUUAAACAAGAAAUAGGCUCUAGACCAACUGCUCAUGUAGAAGCAGAAGCAAUUUUAGAAUCAAGAAUUGAUGGACAACCGCCAUUCUUUAGAGAAAAACCACAAAAAUUACCAGUUGAACCAGAUAAGCCUGCUGAUCUUAUGUGUUUAGCUGUGGGAGUACCAAAACCAUUAGUCCAGUGGUUCAAAAAUGAUAUAGUUUUAACUGAAAGUCAUAGAAUAAAAAUGUUGGAAGACAAUGAUGGAAGAUCUAUCCUCAGACUAGAUCCAGCUACUGAGUUAGAUCUAGGUAUUUAUAAGGUCGUGGCUAGAAAUAAAUUUGGACAAACAACAGCAAGAGCUCGGCUCGUCUUAGCACAUGAACCUGGACCUAUGGAAGCUCCAAUAGUAAAAGAAUAUUCUGAUACUGAAAUUUUAUUACGGUGGGAUCAUCCAAAACAUGAUGGAAAUGCUCCAAUAUUAUGUUAUCAAUUAGAAGUACGAGAAAAUGAAAGCGAAUGGGAAUUGGUGGCUAAAAAUAUUGAUCACGAAUUUUGGUUAAUGCAAAACCUUCGACCUUACACAAAUUAUGAAUUCAGAUUAGCAGCAAUGAACCAUAUUGCUUGGGGUCCAACUGGACCAUCUUCACCAAUAGUUCGAACACAUUUCCCUGAUGCACAAAAAUUGGAAGUUCCACCGGCGAUGUUAAAUCUGCAAAUAAUAACUGAAAGUGGACGAGAAAUAAUUGGUGAUGAGCCUCGCAAUAAUUUAGAUUAUUCACUUGAGUAUAAACCAAUAGAUUGGGCUGAGCAGCCUCCUAUUGAAAAAUAUCGUUUUAUUUCUGAAAUUGCAAGAGGACGAUUUUCCGUCAUACUUAAAGGAAUCAAUACAUCAAAUGAUUCAAUUGUAGUAGCAAAAUUGUUGGAGAUUACACCCGACACUGAAUCACGAGUUACACACGAGUUUAAUGUUCUUAAAUCAUUAAAACAUGAACGAAUAGCAUAUCUCGUUGAGGCUUUUAAGCUAGAAAAUGCACCUGUAGCUGUUUUCAUUCAAGAAAAAUUACAAGGAGCAGAUAUACUGACUUACUUAUCAACAAAAGAGAAUUAUUCGGAACAAACUGUUGCUACAAUCGUCACUCAAGUAUUAGACGGAUUGCAAUACUUACACUGGCGAGGCUAUGCCCAUUUGGAUCUGCAACCGGACAACAUAGUGAUGGCUUCCGUGCGUACCAUACACAUUAAACUAAUCGACUUUGGAUGCGCACAGAAAGUCAGUAAGCUAGGAGCAGUUGUAGGGGCAAACAGCGUCUUGGAGUUCACAGCACCUGAAAUUUUGUGCGACGAACCUGCUUACCCAUACUCCGAUAUCUGGUCGCUUGGAGUGAUUGCAUACACAUUGCUUUCUGGCAUGUCGCCGUUCCGAGGAUCAAACGAUACGGAAACCAGGCAAAACAUCACAUUCGUUCGAUAUAGGUUUGAAUAUCUAUACAAGGACUUAUCACAGGAAGCCACUAGAUUUUUAAUGUUAUUAUUUAAAAGAACGCCGACGAAACGACCAUCAGCAGAAGAAUGCCAUGAACAUAGAUGGUUGUUACCCACAGAAUAUAUGAUUAAGAAAAGAGAAAAAACCAUGUUUAAUUCUUACAAAUUACAGCACUUUGCCAAAGAAUAUCAUGAAAACAGGACCAAAUUUGCAACUUCGUCGCAAAAAUUGUUGGGAGCCUUGGGAACAAGGCAAAUUGGACUUGGUCGAUCAAAUAGCGUAGUUGAUGAACUGCUUAUUUUCAAAUAAUUGUAGCAGAAAGGACAACUUCGCCAAUUUAAUAUAAAGUUAAUUUUAAAUGUUAUUAUAUGAGAAACAUUACAAUGUUAUUAUAUUAUAUUAUAUUAUAAACAAUGUAAUUAUACAUGUUUUAUUGAUUAAAUUAUUGUUAAUUUAAAAUGA